AUCGAAGUAAGUUCUACAUAAGUAAGCAGAUCUAUAUUGUAUCAUCGACGUGGAAAUUACAUCAUUCAAGUUUCAAUAUUUUCAAAUUAUAUUGAAUUUUAUAUUCUUGUAUCAUAAAAUUAUAAUUUUAUAUCGUAAAAUUGUAUUAUUAUUAAAUUAUAUUAUUUAAAAUAAUUAAUUAUAAUACAAUAAAUUUAAAAAAAUUAUAAUCAAAAAAUAAUAUGCCGGCGAUGGAGUCUUCUGAAUCAUUAUUAGAUGCAAUUUAUAUUUCUCAAAAGAAUGGAAACGAUGAGACAGGUGAUGGUUCUAAAACUAAUCCUUUUAAGACAAUUUUAAGAGCAAUGUGUCAUGCAGGGAAAGAACCAUUUCCACCAAUUUAUCAAAAUUCUCCUAAGGAUGAUAAAGAGUAUGAAUUAGUAUCAAAAUCUCAAUUAAAAAAAAUGCAUAAAAUUUGGGCAAGGAAAGAGUAUAAAAAUGAAGAUAAACAAAAAAAAUUAUUAGAAGAUGAAGAAAAAAGAUUGAAAAAUUUGGAAGAAGCUAAAACAAUUAUAAUUCAAGAAGAUAAUACUUUGCCAUCUGCAAUUUGUAUAAAAAUUCGAGAAAGUAUUAAGUAUCGAGAUCAACGGAUAAAAGUUUUAGGAUGGGUACAUAGACUUAGACGUCAAGGAAGAGCACUUAUGUUUAUCACUUUGAGAGAUGGAACAGGUUUUCUGCAAUGUAUAUUUACUGAUAUUUUAUGUCAAACAUAUGAUGCAUUGACCUUGUCUACUGAAGCUUCCAUUGAAGUAUUUGGAACUCUCAAGAUUGUACCAGAGGGAAAAAAUGCUCCAGAUGGGCAUGAAUUGCAUAUUGAUUUUUGGAGAUUAAUAGGAACAUCUCCUCCUGGUGGUGCAGAUUCCAUUUUAAAUGAAGAAGCUCUUCCUGAUGUUCAGUUAGAUAAUAGACAUAUUAUGAUUCGUGGUGAAAACACAUCACGUAUAUUACGUCUACGAUCUGUGUUAACUCAAGCAUUUAGAGAUCAUUUCAAUGAAAGAGGUUGUUAUGAAGUAACUCCACCGACGUUAGUACAAACGCAAGUAGAAGGAGGUUCAACAUUAUUUAAGUUAGAUUACUUUGGUGAAGAAGCAUUUUUGACUCAAAGCUCACAGCUUUAUUUAGAAACUUGUCUUCCGGCAAUGGGCGAUGUAUAUUGUAUCGCACAAUCUUAUAGAGCAGAACAAUCUAGAACUCGAAGACAUCUUGCAGAAUAUACACAUGUGGAAGCAGAAUAUGCAUUUAUUACAUUUGAAGACUUAUUGAAUCGAUUAGAAGAUAUGAUAUGUGAUGUCGUUGAUCGUGUGCUUAAUUCAAAUCUUGGUUAUCUUAUUAAAGAAUUAAAUCCUGAUUUUAAAAUACCAAAAAGACCAUUUAAAAGAAUGGAUUACAAAGAUGCAAUUGAAUAUCUUCGGGCUAAUAAUAUAACCAAAGAUGAUGGAACAUUUUAUGAAUUUGGUGAAGACAUUCCAGAAAUGCCAGAGAGAAAAAUGACCGACACAAUAAAUGAACCUAUAAUGUUGUGCAAAUUUCCUGUAGAAAUUAAAUCAUUUUAUAUGCAACGUUGUGCUGAUAACAAACGUCUUACAGAAUCAGUGGAUGUACUUUUACCGAAUGUUGGUGAAAUAAUUGGGGGUUCGAUGCGUAUAUGGAAUUAUGAUGAAUUAUUGGAAGGCUAUUCUAACGCAAAUAUUGAUCCAAAACCAUAUUAUUGGUAUAGCGAUCAGCGAAAAUAUGGAACUUGCCCCCAUGGAGGAUUCGGAUUAGGUCUUGAAAGAUUUUUAUGUUGGCUUCUUAAUAGAUAUCACAUACGCGAAGUAUGUCUUUAUCCACGAUUUUUGGAACGUUGUCGACCUUAAAUUACAUUAUUUAUAUAUUAUUUAUAUCGAAAUAUAAACAUUCAUUCUAUUAUAAUA